AAUGUUGAGCACUUACUAAAGUAUUUGGUUAAAAAUUUCCUAAAAAAAAUUGUUUGGCAAGGAAAAUAUGUCGCAUAAACUGUCAUAAAACUGUCAAAACGACGAAGACCAAAGUCCAAAACCAAGUAGAAGUAGCAUAAUAAUAACACCAACAGAAAAACACGGAAGGUUCGGAUAGAUAACACUCUUUAGUGAAAGUCGUAAUUCGGCGAGGAAAUUUGACCUUCUCGGCAUGGCGACGAAUUUCCGAAACACAACCCUUAACGAGGAAAGGAUAUUUGGCAAUUCCAGUGGCUUAAACACGUCAUCUGGACUGAUUUCUACGAGUCACCCGCCUCCUUUACCACCCAGACCACAAUUCUCUGGAGGUGGAGGAGAUAUGAUGUUUGGUAAUCGUUAUGGAUUUGCUGGUCAAUCUGGAUACCACGGGUAUAAUCCGUAUGGCGGAUAUUCUUCGAUGGAUUACUACGGACCGAGGAGCUAUGGGGGAGGCUUCAUGGGCCAAGGAUACGGAGGAUAUGGUAACGGAGGAUACGGCAACGGAGGAUACGGUGGAUUCAAUAACCCUGAGCAUAGGUUUAUUCAACUAGCGGAAGAGAGUUCGCGGCCCGCUUUUCAGACUCUGGAAUCACUCGUUGGUGCGGUUAGCAAUGUAGCCAUGAUGCUGGACUCCACCUUCUUUGCCGUCACAAGUUCAUUCCGUGCAGUUUUAAGUGUGGCUGCAAAUUUAGCACAUUUGAAGGGAACAUUCGCUCAAUUCUGGUCGUCUCUGGCGGUAGUACGUGCGGCUGUAUGGUUGUAUAAAAAGCUUCUGUACAAACUUAGGAUAACGAAAACAGACCCCACAAUAGAAGCAUUUAAGGAAGCUUUCAAUGUGUCUACCAACAACGAAGCUGCAAGUCACAGCACGAGAAAACAUUCUUCCUCCCUGUUGGCUGCACUAUUCAUGGGUUUCAUGCUAUCCGUACCGUAUAUGUUGAUUAAACUGUUCGCGCCAAAAGUGGCUGAAGACAAUGCAUUGAACGAUCCUGCCCUGUGGAGCUAUCCUGUUGAGGUACAGGUACUACACAAGUUCGAUGCCUCGAAUGCUCAAGAGAUGUCGAUACGAGCGGGACAAAUAGUGUUAUUAGCUCCGAAGCAGAUCCAAACCGACCGACACCUGCUGAACUCCGGAUGGGUACUGGCGGCAUCAGCAGAUCGAAAGACGUGUGGAAUUGUUCCUCUAAACUAUGUGCAAGCGUUAAAACAACCGGCAGAAAGUCAAUAGAUGCUAAAGCUUUGGGGUGUCCGGUAUCAAAAAGUGGGUUCAAUAAACUAACUAUUCACCAUCGUA